CUAAAUGUUUUCAAUAUUUGACAUAAUUUGAAACACAACAAACGGUCAAACAUGGCGCAAAUAAAUAUGGUUCGGGAUUAUUAUUUGUGGUGCAUGUCGGUGGUGUACUUAUUUGCUUUUGGGUCACUCUACAAUCAAGUACCAGGUUUAUAUGGUAAAAAUGGUAUUUUACCAGCUCAUCUAGUACUAAAACAAGAUGGAAAGUCAGUGGAAGAAGCUUUUGUUGACAGACCCACUUUACUGUGGUUUAUGCCAAGACUUGGACUUGAUGUGGAACAUGCCAUUGACAUGAUAUGCAUACUUGGCAUUUUGAUAUCAUUUAUAUGUAUGCUAGUAAAAAUAUUCAGAGAUACUAUCAAUUUUGCGUUGCUGUGGUUUUUGUAUUUUUCUGUAUAUCAGGUUGGCCAAACAUUUCUGUGGUUUCAAUGGGAUAUUCUAUUACUUGAAGUUGGAUUCUUGACUAUACUGGUAGCUCCACUGAAUCUAUUGAAGUGGAAAGAUGUACGUCAUUAUGAGCAUGACGCUAUAACUAUGUGGUUGCUGAAAUGGAUGUUAUUUAGAUUGAUGUUUGCAUCAGGAAUAGUCAAACUGACUAGUCAAUGUGAGACAUGGUGGGGACUCACUGCAUUAACAUAUCAUUAUGAAACACAGUGUAUACCAACACCAUUGGCAUGGUAUGCUCACCAUUUACCAGUCUGGUUUCAGAAACUCAGUGUAGUUUUCACAUAUGUAAUCGAGAUAGCUUUACCAUUCUUAUUCUUCUCUCCAAUAAGAACAAUGAGAAUAUUUGCUGGUCUUUCCCAGGUUUUCUUGAUGUUAUUAAUUUUGUUGACUGGUAAUUAUAACUUCUUCAAUUUGUUGACUGCUGUGCUUUGUCUGUCAACACUAGAUGACAAUUUUUUUCAAAAGAAGAAAGAGUCCAGAAACAAUCAUAGUACAUUCCAAAUCAUACUGCAAGUGGAAUAUGACUUUAUGUAUAAACCAGGGAAUGUGAGUAUAGCGCCACCUAUAGUUGCUCCUCAUCAACCACGCCUUGACUGGCAGAUGUGGUUUGCAGCUUUGGGAGAUUUUCGUCAUAACCCAUGGUUUAUACAUAUGGUAUACAGAUUACUUAAAAAUGAACCUGAUGUCAUUGCAUUGAUUGAGAAGAACCCAUAUCCAGACCAGCCUCCAAGAUAUAUUAGGGCCCAGUUAUACCAUUAUUAUUUUACAAGCUGGAAUGAAAGGACAUCAAGUAAAUGGUGGCGAAGGAAGUGGGUCAAAGAAUACAUGCCAACAUUUACACUGCAAGAUGAAUCAUUAAUGAACUACCUUAAAAAAAAUGGAAUUGUUCAGACACCAACAAAGAAAAAGAAAACUAAAGUGCCUAAUUUCUUGAAGCAAUCUGUCAUUACUAUACGAGAUAAUAUUGGACAUCUGGAUGGAUUCAACUUUCUGGCAGCUUUAUUUGUAUCAGGUUUUGUUAUUAAUAUUAUGGGAUAUAUUAGAAGAAGGCAAAAAUAG